AACGCACCCGCUACCUUUCAGAGGGCGAUGAACGACAUCUUCAGGGACAUCCUGGAGCAGUAUGUUCUCGUCUACCUCGACGAUAUCCUGGUUUACAGUCGUACCCUUGAGAAGCACCUCAGACACCUCCGCGACGUCCUUGACCGCUUGCGCAGACAUGACUUCUACUCCAAGCUGAGCAAGUGCCGCUUUGCCCAGCACAAAGUGGAUUUAUUAGGACACUACGUGUCUAACCAAGCUCUCUACAUGGACGACGUGAAGAUCACUGUUAUUGUGGAGUGGCCCGUCCCCACAUCCGCCAAGCAGUUUCUCAGCUUCCUAGGCCUUACCAGCUACUAUAGUAAUUUCAUCCAGGGAUACGCUAGGUAUUCCUACGUCCUUACCUCCACCCUCCUCCAGAAGAACCCACCAUGGGCUUGGACACCCCUCCACGAGGACGCCUUCCGCGCCCUCAAGAAGGCGGUGACAUGCGCACCGGUUCUUCACCUACCCGAUUUUGAUCGCCCUUUUAUCCUUACCACAGAUGCGUCAGACUUUGUUGUAGGAGCAAUGCUUUCUCAGGUCUUCCCCUCCUCUCCUGAUUCCUCUCACCCUCGUAUCCCUCGCUUCCCACCACCUACCCCUACCACUGCUUCCCGACUGACGCCUACUCGUCCAGCUACUGACGAGCCUUCUAUUGACUAUUCUCCUACCAUCGUCGAGGACGGCACUGUCGAGUCUCACUCAGGUGAUUGUCUGAGAGCCUUCUACUCCCGUCAGCUCCUGCCCGCCGAGAUAAACUACAGUGCUGAUAAACGUGAGGUUCUCGCAGUAGUUUAUGUCACUCGGCAUUGGCGUCACUACCUGCACGGGGCACCAUUCACGGUGCGCACGGACAACUCUGUUGUCCAGGCUUUCCUGACAAAGUCGAAGCUCACUCCUCGACAGGCUCGAUGGUGGCGCGACCUAUCCGAGUUUAGUUUCACCACUGAGCACAUUAAGGGUGAGACUAAUCGGGUCGCAGAUGCCUUAUCCCGGCGCCCUGACCACGACCAGGAGCAGAUCCAGCUCUCUUCCAUCUCGGUCACCACCGUCCACCACUCGAUGAUCGACGAGUUUCGCACUCAGUAUCGCCACUGCCCAGACUAUCGCGACAUCCACGCGACCCUUCGGAGUGGCAAGACCGUCCCGAACUACUCUCUCGGGGACAACGAUCUUGUGUACUGGCACGUUUCACAGGGCACCAAAGAGCCCCGUAUUUGUGUUCCCUCCACUGGACAGCUACAUGUCCGAGCAGUAGCAGAGUUCCAUGACCAGGCAGCCGCCGGUCAUAUGGGCUUCCACAAGACGUUGGCUCGUGUGAGCCGCCUGUACGUCUGGCGGAAGCGCAAGGACUUUGUGAAGGACUACGUCGCAGAGUGUCCCACCUGGCAGGAGUCCAUCUCGAUGGACUUUAUCGGUCCUCUUYGACCUCCGACCCCCCGCGGUCAUGAUGCUAUCCUGGUCGUCAUCGACCGCUUCACGAAGCGUGCACGCUUUGUUCCGUGCCGCUAUGCCAUCAGUGCACGUGAGGUCGCCGACAUCGUGUUUGACCGAGUCGUGCGUGACCAUGGCUUACCUGUGAGUAUCACAUCUGACCGUGACCCGUGCUUUACCAGCCGAUUCUGGCGACGGCUCCACGAGGUGUACGGCACUCAGCUCCGCUUCUCCUCGUCUUACCAUCCUCAGACUGAUGGUCAGACCGAGGUCACGAACAGGACUCUCGGAGAUAUUCUCCGAAAGAUCAUUCGUGACGACCAGCAGUGGGAUCUCAAUCUUGCCCACGCAGAGAUAGCCUACAACCACGCCGUCUCGCCCGCCACGGGGAUGUCGCCUUACUAUUGCGACCUCGGCUAUCACCCUCGUGUUCUCGCGGACUUCCUUCGACCGUCACAGAUGCACCCUGACAUGAGUUGUCCCGCGCUGGAUGAUUGGGUUGCACACAUGACGUCGAUCAUGAAGACCGCAUAUGAGCACAUAGCCGCUUCCCAGACUCGCAUGGCAGCACGUGCGAACCGAUCGAGGAUGGAUCAUCCAUUCAAGUCGGUGAUGAUGUGCUUAUCGACACCCGUCACUUACAGCUCGAAGCGGACACGCUUCGCAAGUUUCGGCAUCGCUUCUUUGACCCAUGCCGCAUCCUCCAGGCUGUCGGUUCUGAUACGGCUUCUAUCCGGGCCAGCUUCCGUGUGAAGCUGGCCGACUACCUACGUCAGGCUCGUGUGCACGAUGUCUACCACGUCUCGUUACUGCGUCCUUACCGCA